GGUUGAAAUGGAGAAGACAGAAGAAGAAGAAGAACAAAAAAGCUCCUCUCUGUUUCCUCUCCAAGCCGCUUCAGCUGCCUCACUCGCAAGCAGCUCAAACGUCCCUCAAUGGCUCUGCAACACCAGCUUCACCACCGAACUGUCCGUCGUAAACGACGCCGUUUCAUCCCUCUACAACCUCACCGCCGCCCAAUCCGAAGACGAUGAGCCACGACAACAGCAAGCGACGUCCAAGCCUUCUUCCUACGACUUGCUGCAAUCUUCAGAAUCCGAUGAUGGAGGUCGCGACUCCAAGAGGGAGGCGAAGAAACAUAAGAAGCGGAAGAGGAGGAGAUACAGUGAAGAAGAAGCUUCUGCCGCCAACGAUUAUGCCUCGAGGAAAUCUGGCGUUGGAGCUUGGGCAACUCGGGGUUCGAAGCCUUCUUCCAAAGAUUAUUACUUCGAUUCUAGAGGUGAUCGUGAUAAUUUGGCCUUCGGAUGUCUCUACAGAAUGGAUGUUGCACGGUACAAGCUUGGCAAUUCUGCAAAACUCUUUGAGCCUGGUUUUCAAGCUUUGUACCGGUGGAAUAAAAUGGGUUCAAUCUUGGACAGAGACGGUGAUCUUGAUGUGUUAGACAGUAAACUUAAAACCGGUGGGCGGUACUGGUCUGCAAAGCACUCUGCUCUAGAGCGCCAUAAGAACCUCAAGCGCAUUCGAAUUGUUGCUCAUGAAAAGUCCAAGAUAGUGAUUCCCGGUGACUUCAUUCCUUUAUCCGACAUUCAAACAUCUCCUGUAGAUGUUAUUGAUGGAUCAUCUCUAGGAACUUCAACAAGUGAAGAAUCGUGGGAAGAUGAGGUAUUACGCAAAACACGUGAGUUCAACAAGAUGUCGAGGGAGCAUCCACAUGAUGAAAAAAUUUGGUUAUCUUUCGCAGACUUUCAAGAUAGGAUUGCAAGUAUGCAACCACAAAAAGGUGCUCGUUUGCAGACUCUAGAGAAGAAAAUUAGUAUACUGGAGAAGGCAACUGAGCUUAACCCGGAAAAUGAAGAAUUGCUGCUUUGUCUUAUGAAGGCUUAUCAGAGCAGAGACAGCACUGAUGUCUUUAUAGGUAGAUGGGAAAAGAUACUGUUGCAACAUUCUGGGAGUUACAUGUUAUGGAAAGAGUUUCUGCAUGUUGUUCAAGGGGAGUUCUCCAGAUUCAAGGUUUCUGACAUGAGAAAAUUGUAUGCACAUGCAAUCCAAGCUCUCUCUGCCGCAUGCAGCAAGCAGUAUAGGCAGGUUCACCAAACUGCUAAAAGUCCUACCUCAGAUCCUGCUGUUAUUGAGCUAGAACUUGGUUUGGUAGACAUAUUUCUGAGCCUUUGCCGGUUUGAGUGGCAGGCUGGCUAUCAGGAGUUGGCUACUGCUCUAUUUCAGGCUGAAAUUGAAUAUAGUUUGUUAUGUCCUUGUCUAUUUAUUUCUGAGCAGAGUAAACAAAGAUUAUUUGAGCAUUUUUGGAAUGGUGAUGGUGCAAGAGUUGGAGAAGAAGGGGCCUUGGGUUGGUCCACAUGGUUGGAAAAGGAGGAGGAAAGCAGACAACAGGUUAUGAGAGAGGAGACUGCGGAUGAAAACGACAAAGGUGGGUGGACAGGUUGGUCAGAACCAUUGUCAAAACAAAAGGAAAUAAAUCUGGAAAAUGUAGCUGACAAUGAUGUGGAUGUGGACGAUCUUGAAGACAAAUUAGAGACCAAAGACAUAGAGCAGGAAGAAGACACAGAAGCUUUGAUGAAAAUGCUGGGCAUUGAUGUCAAUGCUGAAGCCAAUAAUGAGGUUAUAGACACUUCAAUCUGGGCUAGAUGGUCAGAAGAGGAGUCAUCAAGGGACUGCAAUCAGUGGAUGCCUAUCCAUACCAAAUCUGUUGGGCCUUCUCAUAUGGAUGAAUCACCUGAUAGACAAGUGGAUGAGCAACUUUUGGGAGUCAUAUUAUUUGAAGAUGUCAGUGAAUACCUGUUCUCUUUAAUCUCAGGAGAGGCUCGCAUAUCUCUUCUAUUCCACUUCAUUGAUUUUUUUGGUGGAAAGAUACCUGAAUGGAUGUGCACAAACAAUUCAAGUUGGACUGAGAAAAUCCUGAGCCUGGAGGCAGUGCCAGAUUUCCUCUCAGAAAAAUUGAGAAGGGUUAAUGAUGUUUUAACCAAAACUCAAACCAGCUCGUGUGGGUUCACUUUAGAAGUUCUGCUGGGCAAUGCACAUGAUGCUUCUAGGAGGACUGAUAUGAUGAAAUUUCUUCGCAAUGCUAUCUUACUUUGUUUAACUGCUUUUCCACGUAACCACAUUUUGGAGGAAGCUGUUCUUGUUGCUGAAGAUCUGUUUCUUACAAAAAUGAAUUCUUGUAGCUGUUCAGUUACCCCAUGCCGAGGUUUAGCAAAGGGCCUUUUAAAAAAUGAUCGACAGGAUCUGUUGCUAUGUGGAGUUUAUGCACGAAGAGAGGCCAUUUUUGGGAAUAUUGAUCAUGCAAGAAGGGUGUUUGACAUGGCAUUAUCAUCUAUUGAGAGCCUUCCAGCGGAUCUUCAGUUGAAUGCACCUCUUAUAUAUUUCUGGUAUGCUGAGACAGAGCUUUCCAACAGUUCUGGCAACAGCUCAGAGUCAUUGAAGCGGGCAAUACACAUCCUAUCCUGUUUGGGAAGUGGUGUGUCAUAUAAUCCAUUUAAAUGUCAGCCGUCAAGUCUGCAACUCCUUAGAGCCCACCAAGGGUUCAAAGAACGAAUCAGGAUGCUGCGAACAACAUGGGCACGUGGCAUUAUAGAUGAUGGUUCUACUGCUCUCAUUUGUUCAGCUGCUUUAUUUGAAGAGUUGACUACUGGAUGGGUUGCUGCCGUUGAAGUUGUAGAUCAUGCUUUUUCCAUGGUUCUUCCAGAGAAAAGAAGCCAAAGUCAUCAACUUGAAUUUCUGUUCAACUAUUAUCUUCAGAUCCUUCAGAAACACCAUAAGCAAACAAGACUAUCAAAAUUCUUGGAGUCCAUCUCUUUGGGUUUGCAAAUAUACCCUUCCAGCCCAGAACUUUUUACUGCUUUAGUGGAGAUUAGCCAUCUAUAUACUGUCCCCACUAAACUAAGGUCAAUAUUGGAUGACUUUUCUAACAAAAAACCAUCUGUGAUGGUUUGGCUCUUUGCAGUGUCAUAUGAAUUGAUCAGAGGUGGCUCCCAGCAUAGAAUUCAUGGAUUGUUUGAAAGAGCAUUGUCAAAUGAUAGGUUGCGCCACUCAGUACUACUCUGGCGUUGCUACAUUGCAUACGAGAUUGAUAUAGCAAGCAAUCCUUCUGCAGCUCGACGAGUUUUUUUCCGUGCUAUCCAUGCCUGUCCAUGGUCCAAGAAGCUAUGGCUUGAUGGAUUUCUGAAGCUGAAGAGCGUUUUAAGUGCAAAAGAGAUGUCAGAUCUGCAGGAAGUAAUGAGGGAUAAGGAAUUGAAUGUGAGGACGGACAUCUAUGAGAUUCUUCUGCAAGAUGAUGUGGGACCCUGACAGGCGACAACAACUUCCCCAUAUUACUGAGGGUGUUAGAAAAUCUGUGUUAGUCGAAAUGGGUGAGGUGUUAAACGUAUAUGUGAAACCAUCACUCACCAGAGGAAACAUGUAUAUUAUGUCCUUCCGUUUCUAUAUUUUUGUAACCAAAUGAUUACAAGCUCCAGUUUGAGAUUUUUGAUUUUAGGCCCUUUAAAAUUCACUUUCGGAAUAUAUGAAUAUAUAUUAUAUAUAGUUUAUUUUUGAA